CUAAGUGGGUUUCUGAUAUCUUACUGAAAAAGUUAUAAUCUUGCUAGAACCUUCGAUAGAGUUCAGUUUUUUGAUUGAUUUCUUGUUGAUAUUUCCUGGUUUCAGUGAAUUGUAUUCUUUUAUGACGGUUGUUGUGAAGACUCAUAAAUUUGUCUCAGAUCUUCUGUAAUACUCUUGAAGCUGCUCCGAUCAUACUUCAAUAGUUCUUGUGCAUUUCCCCCCUUCUGUCUCUCUUUCUAUUGUGAUUGUGAAUUAUGCUGAUGAUUGGUUUUAAGCUGUUGAAACGGCGUUGGGACUGGUCAACUUGAUCAUCUGGGCAAUUGGGGGGACCAUGGAAUCAUUGUGGUUCCUCACAUAGAUUUCGAUUUCUGAAGUGUUGAGAAGGCUUUAACAUUUUUAUUCACUGACAUGGAUCCUGGAAGCUCUGAAUCCCCAAAUAUGGGUUGCAACAAGACCAUAGUAUGGUUUCGGAGAGACCUCAGGAUUGAGGACAACCCUGCUUUAGCUGCUGCUGCUAGGGAUGGUUUUGUAUAUCCUGUGUAUAUAUGGUGUCCUAAAGAGGAGGGACAAUUCUAUCCUGGUCGGGUAUCAAGGUGGUGGUUGAAGCAAUCCCUUGCCUAUUUAAAACAAACAUUGAAAUCCCUUGGUGCUGACCUAGUGCUAAUGAAAACUCAGAGUACUAUUUUUUCUCUUCUGGAGUGUAUCAAUGCUAUUGGGGCAACAAAAGUAGCAUUUAAUUGUCUCUAUGAUCCCAUUUCACUCGUCCGAGACCACAAUAUUAAAGAAAAACUAGUUGAACUGGGAAUUUCUGUGCAGAGCUACAACGCAGAUCUUUUAUAUGAGCCAUGGGAUGUAUAUGAUGAAAAUGGGAAUGCUUUUACGACCUUCAAGGAAUAUUGGGAUAAAUGCCUUCUUUUGCAAAAGGAAUUGAUUUCAACUCUCCCUCCAUGGAAACUACAGCAGGCUGCAGGAAUGGUGGGAUGUUGUUCCAUUGAGGAACUAGGUCUUGAAAAUGAAUCAGAGAAAUCUAGCAAUGCAUUACUAGCAAGAGCUUGGUCUCCAGGCUGGAGCAACGGUGAUAAGGCUCUGGUUGAAUUUGUUGAAAAUCAUCUGCUAGAAUAUGCAAUAAAUAGGCAACAUCUUGGUGGUAGCUCGACGUCUCUACUGUCCCCAUACCUACAUUAUGGGGAAGUAAGCGUUUGUAAGGUUUUCCAAAAAGUGAGAAUGAAACAGAUAUUGUGGGCAAGAGAAGGAAAUGCCUUGGGGGAACAAAGCACUAAUCUGUUUCUCAGGGCUAUAGGGCUUAGAGAGUAUUCCCGUUAUAUAUGUUUCAACUUUCCAUUCACCUACGAAAGAUCAUUGCUGAGCAGUCUGAAGUUCUUCCCUUGGCAUGACAGCCAGGAUAACUUUAAAGCUUGGAGGCAGGGUCGAACUGGUUACCCAUUGGUUGAUGCAGGAAUGAGAGAACUUUGGGCAACUGGAUGGAUACACAACAGAAUAAGAGUGAUUGUUUCUUGCUUUGCAGUUAAAGUUCUGCUUCUUCCCUGGAAAUGGGGAAUGAAGUAUUUUUGGGACACUCUUUUAGAUGCAGAUUUAGAAAGUGAUAUCCUCGGUUGGCAAUAUAUUUCUGGGAGCUUGCCUGAUGGCCAUGAGCUUGAGAGAUUGGACGAUCCACAGAUUCAAGGCUCUAAAUUUGAUCCUGAUGGAGAAUAUAUUAGGCAUUGGCUGCCUGAGCUGGCACGAAUGCCGACUGAGUGGAUUCAUCACCCUUGGGAUGCACCUCAGACUGUCCUACAUGCUUCAGGAGUUGAGUUAGGUUUGAACUAUCCGACACCGAUAGUUGAGUUAGAUUUGGCAGCUAAUCGAUUGACAGAAGCCAUAAUCAAAAUGCGAGAAAUUGAAGCAGCUGCUGGGGCAAACUCAAAUGGUACAAAUGAAGUUGUUAUGGAUAAUGCAGAUAGGGUUCAAUCCGUAGGUACUACAAAUGCUGCUGCAGCGGCAAAAACUACCUGUGCUACUAAUUCUUCUAAUGAUCAGAAGGUACCCACAAUUCAAAACUCAAAGGUUAAUAAUAAUCCAUUGAGUAGGAAACGGUCUAAAGCCAUGGAAGAGAAAGGAGAAUUUCAGUAUAAUAUUCGCAACAACAUACAAAGUGAAGCUGGGACCUCGAAAUCAGACGAAGAUUUAUGCUCUACUGCUGAAUCUUCAUCAUCUAAGAAACCAUCCACCAGCCGAACUUCCUUUUCUGUUCCACAGUUUUGUUCCUCAUCAAAAGAGCUGCCACAAUCAUCUGAAGAAAAUACUGAUAGAUGAGAGUUCAAUUAACGAUAGAGCUACAGAAAGAUAAUGGUGUCACAAUAGAUCUACCUCAAUAACUUUUGGCUUGUGCACGUACCGAUGUUUAGUACACUUUUCGAUAUCUAAGGUACCGAGUUUAGAUGCCUUCUUCCAUCUAUUUGUACAUAAACAAAUAUACUCGAAAUGCAUAAAAGUGUACAAAACUUUUUUUUGCAACUUUGUCCAAAUAUUUGCAAUUAGCCAUUGUAAUUUCUUCAAGUCCUCUUGAAUUUCUAGACCAUGUCAUGUUGUUGAAGCAUAUAUCACAUUAAAAAAAUGUGUCAGUUACUUUAGGAGCAGAUUUUAGUCCAAGGAAUGAGAUAUAUUUCAAAAACAUAUAGUUGCUAGGAAGACACAUGAGCUUGAAGAUUUGGAAUGGAAUUUGUAGAAUUUGUACAUUCAAAA